AUGCCAUCAUUAUCAAAUUUUUCGGUGGAAAAUUUAAUUAAUAAUAAUAAUCAUCAUCAUCAUCAUCAUUAUCAUCAUCAUUAUCGCCACAAUUAUCAUCACCAUCAUCAACAACAACAACAGCAACAACAAUUACUACAACAGCCAGAAAAAGUAUAUUCUAGCAAGCCUAGUUUAAGGCAAACAUCUAAAGCUGAUAUUAUUUCACAUUCGAAAGUAUUAUCAUCUAAUGAUAACGAUAUCACACCUUUAUUUGCUACUACUACUCUUAAUGAAAUUAAAACUUCUACAUUUAAUCAACAAUGCCAGGUACAUUUGGCCGAAUCAGAUGAAAGCCCAGUUGAAUGCAUACCAGGAACAAGUCGAGAAAUACUUCUAUCAAGUAUAAUUACUAAUCAGAAUUGCAAGUCAGAUUAUCAAAAUAUUACAAAUAGUAGCAAUGACAAUAAUAAUGGUAAUGAUAAUGACAUUAAUCAUGUUAACGAUAAUCAUAACAAUAAUGAUAAUAAUGAUAAUAGUAAUAAUUCAACUUCAUCAACAUCAUGUCAUCCAAUUGUAUGCUUAUCAACACCAAUUCCACAAACGCUAUCUUAUUUCGAUGUUUUACUUCCACACAUUCAGAUGGCAUCAGCAAAUCCAUUCAUUAUGGGUUUUAAUGACAGCGAUAUCUGCCAUAAUCAGCAAAAAUUAUGGUCACAACAAUGGAUUGAACUUAUUCAACAAUCUGGUUAUCGACAAUUUGAUGAAACUACCGCUGGUCUCUUUUUACAACCAUUUCGAAAGAAUAAACGAAUUCGUACCGCUUUUUCACCUCAACAAUUAGUUGAACUUGAAAAAGCAUUCGAAUUAAAUCAUUAUGUGAUCGGGAAUGAACGUCGAGAACUAGCAACCAACUUAUCACUUACUGAAACACAAGUUAAAGUAUGGUUCCAGAAUCGUCGUACCAAGCAUAAACGAGUUAAAUCGGAAUCCGGAAAAGCAGCAAAUUCGGACAACACAAAAUGA